UGAUUGGUCAGAUGUUGCAAACUUAUGCAGCGUCGACAUGCUUUUUCCGAUGAGGUUGCGGCUUCCAGAUGGUCGUUUAAUAGAACGUAACAUGACGAGCUUGUUGGAGGUCCACAACGCGUUGGCUGAUGGAUUUGAUCUUUACUGGUAUGUCAACAACUACGAAUAUUGCAGACUUCAGGCGCAUUGCUCCUCCAAUCAUACUCAAAAUUACACCGCCGCCGUUUGCCAUGGUCUACGUGGGUUUUCGGCCUUUCUAGAUGGGUUGAAAUAUUUAUUGAAGUAUCAGUUGAGUAAUGACUACAACUUUUUAAGGCGGUGUGUCUUUCAAAUUCAAGUUCCAGGGAAGAAUCCUCGGGAUUGUCAAUAUCGUAAUUGGGGCUACGAGCUCAAAAUCAUAGGAGGAAUCCUUUUGACAAGAAUUCUAUUUGCCUUGUGUGCGUUUGCAUUUUUAAUUCGUAAGUUUAAGAGAAGGCAUUUAUCGAUGUUCGAUAACAUUGAAGGUUAUCUACGAAGUCAAAAUCACCUCAUGCCAAUUAGCUACUCUUACUUAGAUAUUAAAAAGAUGACCAAAGGUUUCAAGGACAAGUUGGGAGAAGGAGGCUAUGGUUCUGUCUACAAAGGAAAGCUUAGAAGUGGUCAUCUUGUAGCGAUAAAAGUAUUGGGCAAGCCCAAAGCCAAUGGACAAGAAUUUAUCAAUGAAGUUGCUACCAUAGGAAGGAUUCAUCAUGUUAAUGUGGUUCAGCUAAUUGGAUAUUGUGCAGAGAGAUCUAAGAGAGCUCUUAUAUAUGACUUCAUGCCAAAUGGGUCUUUGGAAAAGUAUAUAUUUUCUCAAGAAGGAUAUCUACCAUUGAGUUGUAAGCAAAUGUAUGAGAUUUCUCUAGGAGUGGCUCGCGGGAUUGAAUAUUUACAUCGGGGUUGUGACAUGCAAAUUUUGCAUUUUGAUAUCAAGCCUCACAACAUUCUUCUUGAUGAGAAUUUUACUCCAAAAGUUUCUGACUUUGGGCUUGCAAAAUGGUAUUCAACUGACGAUAGCAUUGUGACUUUGACUGCAGCAAGAGGGACAAUGGGUUAUAUGGCUCCAGAGUUGUUCUACAAAAACAUUGGAGGCGUUUCAUAUAAAGCUGAUAUUUACAGUUUUGGAAUGUUGCUGAUGGAAAUGACUGGUAGGAGGAGGAAUUUGAAUGCCUUUGCUGAUCAUACAAGCCAAAUUUACUUUCCUUCUUGGAUUUAUGAUCAAUUCAAAGAAGGAAGGGACAUAGAAAUGGGAGAGACCAAUGAGGAGGAAGGGGUGAUGGUGAAGAAGAUGAUAAUAGUGGCUUUGUGGUGCAUACAAAUGAAGCCUAGUGACCGUCCUUCAAUGAACAAAGUUGUAGAAAUGCUUGAAGGGAAUGUUGAACAACUGCAGAUGCCUCCCAAACCUUUUCUAUGCCCACAAGAGAUGCCAACUGAAGAUCAUAAAAUUGACACAAAUCCUACAGAUUUGCCUGUGCCAUCAGGUGAAUGCAUAAAUUCCAUCACUUUGAAUGUAAGUGAACCGUAAAUGGUUUCAUAUCAAAUGC